GUUUGGUUGUUUGUUUUUCGACUCUCUCUGUACGUUUUUCUAGAUAGAUGCAAAAAAUGGUAAUCCAAAAACUUGGUGGGCAAGGCCAUUUUAUUCCUACAGUAAUGGUGUUUAAAAGUUAGUGGAAAAGAUGUCAACAUAACCAUUUCUUCAAUUAGGGUUUUUAUUUUCUGUGAACAAUUCCCAAAAUGUCUCAGCUGCUUCUCAGACGGCUGUGCUUUUCGAAACCUGCGUCCGUGAGGUCUUCUUCUCUACUUCUCUCUAAGGGCUUCUCAUCGCCCUCGUUGCAAAACCCUCCUUGUGUCGUAAUAGGCGCUCGUCGUCGUCGAGCUUAUGACGAUUUUGGAAGCCUCAUCAUUUUCUAUGCUAAUGAUGAUGAUGAGAUUUACUUGGAUAAGAAGGUGCCUAUGGAGCUGAUUUAUAACUAUGCAACUGUAACAAUAGGGGCAUCUCAUGGUUGGGUUGCAACUUAUAAUAAGGACGAAAGGUUUCUACGUCUCCGAGAUGAUCUAAACCCAAAUGCGUCGUAUGCAAAUCCGAAAAGCAUUCCCCUGCCUCCUCUUGUUACUCUGCCUCAUUGCCAAACCCGGAUCGUCACCAACGUAUCCAUGUCCUCUUCUUCUCCUGAUGAUGAUGAAGACUGUGUUGUGGCUGUCAAGUUCUUGGGACCUCAGCUCAGCUUUUGCAGACCCGCUCGAAGUCACCCCGAGUGGACCAACAUCAGAAUCCGAAACCCCUGCUUCUUCUCUUCACGUGUCAUGUUUUCCAAGAAAGACAACAUGUUUCGUAUUCCCGGAUCUGGAGGCCACCUCAUGGGUUCAUGGACACACAAGCACGACAAUCCCAAGUUUCAGAGUUUGCGAUUCCGAAACCUUCCCAAGCUGACCAAGACCAAACGGGAGCUUUUGGAUUCGUGCUCCACCAGCGAACAUUUGGUGGAGUCCCCAGAUGGUGAAACCUUCUUGGUUAAGUGGUACAGGAAAACUGCCCCCGAGAAGAAAGAUGGAAAGGUGAGACUGAAAACAACAGCUGUGAUGGUCUUCAAGGUAGACGAAGAAGGAGGAAACGCUGUUUACACUCGAGACAUUGGGGAUCUCUACAUUUUCCUCUCCAAGUCUGAACCUUUCUGUGUCCAUGCUAGCUCCUUUCCCGAUCUGUGCUCUAACCGCAUCGAACUCAUGGAUUUCGACGAAAGCGUUGUUGUCGAUCUGGCUGAUGAUUCCUCCAUGAUUGCUGGAAAUGCUCAUUUCUGGACACCUUACCAUAUUCCACCUGGUUUUGAAGCCCUUGAUUAGUUCCAUCUCAAUCUCGCCAAGCAAUAGACUAGUAGUAGUAGUAGUAGUAGUACAACUAGAUUCCACUGUUGCAAUUGGCCUAAGCAAGUAUUCACUUUCCCCUUAUAGCUUAUGUACUAAGUGGUUUAGUGCCAGCUGUUGUUCAAGUUGAAACCUACUUCUUUUCAAGUUAGUAAUGAAAAUGUUAUGAUCUUA